AUGGCCGUUGGGUCCUACUGUUUUUAUAAGGUGGGAUAUAGAGGCGAUACAGUAUUUAUACCCUUAUGGAUAUCCUCCAGGAAAAGAGCUCCAUAUGGAUCAGAGCUUAUCAGAGAACAAUUCAUUCAAGAUAUGCUGGAGAAACUGCACGAUCGUCUAUCAGUAGAUGAGGAGGUCAAUAGAUUACUAGGAGUUGCAAUUGAGUUCCCAGGGGCAAGCCAGGGUACAGAUAACCAAGAUAGUUUUGAUAUUUAUGUUAGGUCUUCAUCAGCUGGAAUAACCGGUGUAAUGAUUGAGCCAUCGAUGGCAAAGAGGGAGCCUCGAAUGCUAUCUUUGCCUUACAAGUUGUCUUUUGCAUCCAGACCGUUCUCUUCUCGUUCAUCUGGCUUUGACAGAUUAUUGCAACCAUUUCUUCCUGGGGAGGCCGACUCAGAAGAUGCAAAUGUUUUUCCCGGAGACAAACCAUCAUAUUAUGAAGCUGUUUUGGAUGGUAAGAUCAGAGUGCGGUCGUCUUGCUCUGACAUACGUGCUAGGAGUUAUUACCGUAUAAUAGAUGAAGGAAUUCUCCAGUUCAGAGCCACCCGUAGCCUCUCCCAUGCUAAUGCCACUCCUCGAUUUACCCAUGCAAUACUUACAUAUCAAGACAGUAAAGGUACGGAGCAAACUAAACGAUUAUGGUGA